UAAUAUAUUUCGACGGCUAUGUUUCAUUUUAGUUGGAUACGAGAGAUGCAGUAGUAGAAGUGCGAGCCGAACACCAAGAGGAGCGAGCAACGGAAAGAAUCCGCGAAGUUGGCCCGGGCUCAGAAAUCGAUCCCACCAUUUGCCAAAGCAGAAGAGGGAGCAGUUAACAACAAAUCGGCCAGCCAUGUCGGAAGUGGAAGAGACAUUCAAGCGGAUCAGCUCCCAUAAAGGAGUGCUUGGGAGCAUCAUUGUCAACGGUGACGGAAUUCCAAUUAGAACAACACUGGACAACACCACAUCGGUCCAGUAUGCAGCUCUCAUGAGCACGCUCGUGUCCAAGGCGCGGACCAUUGUGAAGGGCUUCAAUAAACAUGAUCAAAAUCCGGCAACAGCAAGGGUCAAAGGCGACGGAGCGUCAUCAAAAAAGGCAGCCGCAGCGCAAAAUGACCUCACUUUCUUGCGCAUUCGGUCCAAGAAGCAUGAGAUCAUGGUCGCCCCGGAUGGAGGGUUUAUACUCAUCGUAAUACAGAAUCCAAGCGGCGAUUAAGCAAAGCAGACAACCUUGUCGACGCUAUGACUGGAGGCGUCUUCCUCGCUGGCCUAAUUCCGCUAAAAGCCUUGUUCAAAUUGCCAAAAAGGUCACGGGAAGCGAUCUCAGCCUAACGACCAACGAGGUGCGCGCCAAUGUAAGCGGGCAACAGGAUAAUGGAGAGCGACGGCUUUAACUGCGACUAACGAGGAGUUCAAUUCGUCAAAUACCAUGCUGACAUAUUAGCAGCGAAAAGAUCGUACCCAAAGACAGCCAUACCAGCAACUAGUGCUGACAAAACCUCCUAACUCGAGAAAAAUUCUUCAGCUACAAUCAGUUGACAUUUCUCGGCUCAAAGAUUUCAUGCCAAUGCUUCGGAUGCUGAUGAUAGAGGGGGGGUUGCGAGCGCUCAUUUGACUGCAGGCUUUCAAUUCAACGACUCACGUCCAGUGCUCUUCGUUGAAUGCUUAUAUGGCACAAAAGAAGAAACGAAACAAAGAAAGUGACAGAGUGAAUGUUGGUCCGUUGAAUUUGCUUGCAAUCAAGAGAAGCCCACAGC